GGGCCCUCAACAUACAGACCAGGCCCCAGUUCAACAAUCUCACUCUUCUAUACCCGCACAGUCAUCCAUCGGUACUACGCGAACCUUUCUAUUCUACGCAGCCGAAGGACUCAUCACUGUCGUUUUCUUGAAUAUAAAAUACCCAUCCAGAUCCCGAAGACAUGGCUGCGAGAGCACCCGUUGGCGGUCGCCCCGGUGCGAGGUUCGCCCAGUUCAAGCUUGUCUUACUCGGAGAAUCUGCUGUUGGAAAGAGUUCGUUGGUUCUGCGGUUUGUCAAGGACCAAUUUGAUGAUUACAGAGAGUCGACGAUCGGCGCAGCCUUCCUAACACAAACAAUCUCUUUGGAUGAGAACACGACAGUCAAGUUCGAAAUCUGGGACACAGCAGGCCAAGAACGAUACAAGUCAUUGGCACCCAUGUACUAUAGAAAUGCGAACUGCGCUGUUGUCGUUUAUGAUAUUACACAAUCGGCAUCGCUCGAUAAGGCGAAGUCGUGGGUCAAGGAAUUGCAACGUCAAGCGAACGAGAAUAUCAUCAUCGCCCUAGCUGGAAAUAAAUUGGAUUUGGUUACCGAAAACCCCGAUAAGCGUGCUAUUGCGACUGCCGAUGCGGAGGCAUAUGCUAAGGAGGCUGGAUUGCUCUUCUUCGAGACCUCAGCUAAGACCACCACCAACGUCAAGGAACUGUUCACUGCCAUCGCAAAGAAGUUGCCGCUCGAUCAAGCCGGACCACGAAACCUGCGAACAAACACGAGACCUGGUGUCGAUCUCCGACCGGAGGCUGCCGGUACCCAAGGGGCUAAUGGUUGCGCUUGUUAGUUUAUCUAAUAAUCUUCGACUAAGUCUGUUCUAUUCCCAGAAUAUCCCACGAGAGGAUUACUGCUGGAAGGACUGAUAGUCUUUUUUUUUUGCUGUAUUUCAACUUAUUUUUACAUGUCUACUGUUAAUUUUCCGAGGGCGUCGUUAUACCUGUUGUUGGUCAGAUUUCUUUGUUUGUCAAGCUGCUCAAGCUAUCUCUUAUUUCUCUUAUUUCAUACAAUGCUUUUCAAAUCCUCUUCAUCUCUAUCUAGAUCUGUCGGUCGUUAUUGAACUGCUUAGGCAGUUUUCUUGGGUAGCUGUACUUAUUGCGAAUUAAAUAACACCAUAAUUUUUCAGC